CAGAGAGAGAGAGAGAGAGAGAGAGAGAGAGAGAGAGCUUGGUAUUGCUUCUCUCUACAUCUUUUUGGUCAAGUCUGUCUCUCAUUUUGAGACUCUGAUCGAACAAACACAGCAGGAAUGGCAAGAAUCCCAGCCCAUAAUGCUUUCUUUUUCUUUUGAAAAAAAAAAGAAAAAGCUUCUCUGCAAAAUAAUCAUCCCACAUUUGGUGACUGAUUGCUUUGCAUUAAGCUGAAAAAGAUAUUGAAGUCAGUUUAUGAAUUCUCUGAUGGUGAUGGAGUGGAAUGAGAAGCCUCCCGCACUAUGGGAUUGGGACAAUGUUUUCAUGUUUGGCACGAAAGUCACUGAAACUCCAAAGAAGCUUCAAACAACAGGAUGGAGCAUUGAAGGAGACCAAGGAAUGAACUCUGAAUCUGUCUAUUCGCCUGGGGGUGAUGGGGGAAGUGGUGUGUCUGGCUCCGAAUUAAGAGACGGUACAUCAAAGAGUUCAAAAUCAGGUUCUGUGAGCUCUUCAGUUGGGGAAAGUAAGAAAUCCAACCUCAGCCUUGAGGCUUUUGAAGGUUUGCCGAAGGAUUAUGUCGAUAACAAACAAUCAGCUCGAGAAGUUGAAGCCUUUGUAUCUUCGCCAACUCAUGACAUUUCAGCUGGCUCUGGUGAGCCAUUGCUCACCCUAAAGCUUGGUAAGCGGAUGUACUUUGAAGAUGUUUGCGUAGGAAACAAUGCUAAGGCCUCUGCUGUAUCUGUUAUUUCCACACCAAUAGGGACAAAAGCAAAGAGAUUUAAAUCCAUUGGUCCAAGUACAGUUGCUACUUACUGCCAAGUUGAAGGCUGCAAUAUUGAUCUCUCAUCAGCCAAAGAUUACCAUCGUAAACAUAAGAUUUGUUUAAAUCAUUCCAAAUGUCCUAAGGUCAUUGUAAAUGGUGUAGAACGGCGGUUUUGCCAGCAGUGUAGCAGGUUUCAUGGCCUUUCUGAGUUUGAUGAAAAGAAGAGAAGCUGUCGCAGACGUCUUUCAGAUCACAAUGCUAGACGUCGCAAACCACAGCCAGGAGCACUGCGAGAUUCAACAAGACUGUCCUCAUCACUGUACAGUACAGAUGAGAGGCAACAGAUAAGCAUUGUUCUGGACCAAGCCUCAUGUGCUUACUCUAGGCAUGCUACAAAUUUAUCAUGGGAUGCCGCAUGUAGCUUCAGGUUCACACAGACGAAAGAUUAUUUUCCAAAUCCUGCAAACGGUGGAGGUGCCGAAGAAUCUAUGAUCUCUUUCAACUUGAAUGCACCGCAGAAUCUUAAUCAUGCUCUCUCUCUUCUGUCAACCAGCUCAUGGGCUUCAUCUGAGGCAAAACCUGUUUCACUUGAUAACACCAAUCACAGUUACCAUACCAAUAUCCCUCAGCCUGUGAUGCACACAAUGACCCGAGACUUGCCAUUGUCCUCAGAGUUCUGGCAAAAUGAACAGCCAUCCCUACAUACCACCCAGUUGACUGUCUCGAAUUCACAGAGUAAUGGCAGCAACCAAUAUCAAGAUCUUCAUCUGAUCAAAGGACCCUACGAGUUCGGCUAUAAUACCAACCAAUUCAAUUGACUUUCAACCCAGGACUGUUUCGGUGGUGUUAGAAGCUCACUGUUUCCAAGGGACUUGAAACUGCUUUCUUGCUGUCCAGUUCUAUUCACGUAGGAAUCCGAUGAAUUCAGACUGAGGUGCAAAUUCAUGUCCAGAUAUGCUAGGAGGUCAUACAAUAAUACGAAACUUGUGAACUCUGUUAUCUUGUCCUAUAACUGUCUUGUCUUGCACAUGUUGAAUGUUCUUGACUUGGAUUUAACAGGCUGGUUCUCAAGCGUCAACCUCUUAAUGCUCGAUUCUCUCAUCUUUUGCUUUAUCUCAUAUCCCUGCAAUAUGAUGGAUAGUAUAUGCAGAGUUGGAGACCGAAGUCACCAAACCCACCCAUGGCAGUUGCCAACCAUUCCACUCGACCUGUUAAUUUUGAAAAAGAUAAUCUUUUGCACCCAACAUCUGGCUCGUUAAUUCCUCUUCAAGUGCAAGGCACACCACACCAAAUUAUACAGGAGAACUACUGGCUGAAGAUGGGUUGAUUCUGAGCUAAGACGAAUUUAACAAAGGUCAUCGUAAAUAUUAAAUAUUCCAAACUCAAGUUUGAAAAGUAUUUUUCCACUCCACACUCAAGUUUUUGAAAUUCAAAAUAGCUAACCACCACAUCUUGAUAUAGUAAGAUUUACAAGGUUAAAAUUAUUUUUGACCUGAAAUCGAUCACCUGAGUUUGGCCUUCCCCAACCGGACAGACGGCCACACUGAAACACUCGGGCCAACCAUAGUAGAAAUGAUCUGAUUAAACAUGGUAGAUGGUGAAUAUAAUCCCACUGAUUUGACAGAAUUGCUUCAUCAAAGCCAAUUUUCUGCUUCCAUAGACCAAUGACACACUAAGAAACUAUGGACAACAAGGAUAUGAUGCAUAAUAUGACCCCCUCAGCAGCCUGACCAGAGGCAUAGACCAUUUCACUAUAGAGAUUAGCAUACCGCGUCCUAAUGACGUCAGUUUACUUUAUAAAGGACACAGGAGCUCGAGACCUAUGGUGACUAAGAAUUCAAACC